CAGAUAACUUUAAGGUAGACGAAAAAUGAAGAGAGAAGGCCAAAUGGGGACAUAUAUAACUGUAGCGAAGGAUGUCUACCUAGCAGCCUUGGAAGAAGACUGGGAUAGGAUGAUACGUGCUUGCAGUGGCAGCAGUGAUAUGUACGUGAUGUCUCCAGUAACGGUUUCGGAAGAUACUCCAUUGCACCUGGCAGUGUAUAGCAACAAGAUUAAGCCGCUUCAAACUCUACUCGAUAUUGCCAAAAAAAAUCCAGUGCUCGGGGAUCCCUAUACAAAAAAGAACGCGUAUGGAAAUACAGUUCUUCAUGAAGCAGUUUUUGCUGGAAAUAUGGAAGCAGUAGAGCACUUACUCCACGGUGAAUAUGAUCUUUCAAUGCAACUUCAGACUAAAAACGCGCUUGGGGAGACUCCAUUGUAUAGAGCUGCUGCAUGUGGUAAGAAUGAAAUAGUGAAGUAUUUAGCUCGACAAACUGGCCAAAUCUCAGAGGGAAAGCUAUCAGAGGAUCACAGCAAGAGAGAAGAUUCAAAGCCGAUUCUUCAUGCUGCCAUCCAAGGACAACACUUUGACACUGCUCUGACGUUGCUGAAACUGGAUCCAUCACUUCAUGAAAUGAAGGACAAUCAGGGAAUGACCUGUCUUCAUGUCCUUGCUGGGAUGCCUAGUGCUUUCAAGAGUGGACAUGCACUGCGCCCAAUUACCUUUACGAACUUUUUCUACCGUUGCCUUUCCGCCGAAAAGGGUGAUGGCGACCAGAGCCGUAGUAAAAAAGGAUGGCCAGUGGUGGAAAGAAUCCAGAAAGAAAAGCACAAGCAUGAAUCUGCAUUGAAACUUGCCCAGGAGCUUAUAAAAAAGAACCAGCGUAAAUGGUGGCAAUCUAUCAAAGUGAAGCCUUCCAAAGUUAAUAUCGAGACCCCUGGUCAAGGAGGAAGAGGAGGACAAAGUGAAAGACAAGGAGGGGGAGGAAACCCAGGAGGAGGAGGGGAAGGACAAGACGGAGCACGAGAAGGAGUGGACACUGGAAAAGGAGGGGGAGUAGGAGAGGUGGAAAAUAAUGAAAAUGUUUAUCCAAAGAUAGAAGAAAAUAAAAAACAAGAGAGGCCUCCUUCACCUCCAAACCCGUUGUUUAUAGCAACUACUAAUGGAAUAGUGGAGAUUGCUGAAGAGAUACUUGAUAAAUUUCCUCAGAGUAUUGAGCUUGUUAAUGAUGAGGGGCAGAACAUAUUGCAUGUGGCCGUGAUGCAUCGACGGCGGGAGAUUUUCCGUCUUGUAAAGAAAAAGAACAUACUAGUGACCAGGCUGAGUUCGAGCGUAGAUAAUAAUGGCUUCACAUUGUUGCACCAAGUUGCACACGUGAAGCACUACAGCGGAGGAACCAAGCCCGGCCCUGCUCUCCAGCUACAAGAAGAAAUAAAAUGGUUCAAGGUGAGCUAGCUACUCUUAGUACAAUCGUAACCCAUGCCAUGUUUUUAUGAAAUGCAGUUCUUCAUUCCAAGCUAUAA